AAUAGUACUCUAAAACUUGUAUAAAAUGUAGAGAGGUUUUAAGAUAGAAAAUCAAAACUAGAAAUUUCCUUUUAGAUGUCAAAGAUCCAUCCCCAAGCCCCACAUGUUUCUCUCGUCUCUCUUCCUUUCACCACGUCAACGCAAGAAACUUUCACUAUUUGGAUGAAAUCUCUGGUUCUUAGUGGUAAAGGUUGUACUGUGUUCGAUUCAAAUGGCCAGAUUGUUUAUCGUGUUGAUAACUAUCACUGCAAGUGCAGCCACGAAGCUUACUUAAUGGAUAUUACCGGCAAAGUUCUGUUCACCAUUCGAAGACAGAAAUUUAGGCUGAUUGGGUUCUGGGAAGGAUUUAGAUCAUUCAAUGGCAGAGUUAACGACGAAGACAAAAACCCAGGUUUUGAAGUAAGAACAAAUUAUAGGAUUUUACAAGGUGACUCCAUCUGUGAAGUUGUUGUCUGGUUUGAUAAAGAUCAACCAUGUCAACGUUAUCAGAUUGAAAGCUGUCGAGACAAGUCGACGUUCAAGAUUGUAGACAAGCUUGGCAGGCUUAUUACGGAGGUGAAGAGAAAGCAAUCAAAAUGUGGGAUUAGCUUAGGAGAAGAUGUGUUGACAAUGGUGGUGGAACCCCAUAUUGAUCACUCUCUCAUCAUGGGCCUCGUUGUAGCUUAUGGUCUCAUCAAUGGUUUAAUGUGAAGUUGUACAAUUAGUCUACA